CUCGGCCGGGUGAGCGGCGCAGAAGCCUGGAGCGAAGCCCAGUGGGCUUUGGGGUCCCGGUUACUUCCCGGGAAGCGGCGAGAGACCCGACAAGGUGUCUGGCGUUACUCGGCGAGUGACUGGCAACCCACUUUUGCAACCAACCUGUAGGCUGUAACCACUUUAGGAAGUUUCAUGCACAGGUUGGGUUUGUACGCUUGCUCUGCCACAAGCUGCCAGCGGCUUGGAACCUGUUGCUCUGUGCCUGGAGCGCUAGGAAACGGAUUGGACAUUCUGAAGUAGAAUAGACCGAGUUUUAAAAUACUACAAACUUUAAACAUUCAUUUUGAGGUGGCAGUUACGGCUUCGUUCCACCUCUUGUGUUGUACGCAGUGCUCCAGGAUGAAUCUCUCGGGCUGUCUCCUCAGUCCUUGGCCUGUGUACUGCACGUUAGUAGGGUGUAGGAGUAGAAACUAGAUGCCAGCCGAGGUACCAGAACUACCAGAAGAAAGCAGCCAAGUGCCUCAUUCAGCGGAGACGGUCUACAGAAAGAGCGAACGCAGCCUCAGGAAAACGAAAGGCAGAGAAAAACGAAUUUUGUUAACCCAGAGGACCGCACUUCCAAGACCGUCUUCUGCUCCAACAACCUAGGUCAAAGUCCAUCAUGAAGACGUGCUCAGAGGAUCGCUAGGGAGAAUAUUGGGGUAAGACUUCCCGGGGCCAGAAUGAUGUACUACGCCAAGGAUAACACCACGAGCGUCCCCUGAAUUUCCAUUUGAAGAUUGUGUUUUUGGAACAAUCUGAUCAGCAAGAGCAACUGGCUAAGAAGUGGGGGUUCAAAACAUCUGACAUAAGAGAACUGAGUAACUAUGAAUUCUUCAUGCCAGGAAUGGUUGAUACACACAUUCAUGCCCCUCAGUAUUCAUUUACUGGUACAAGAGUAGAUCUACCUCUUCUUCAGUGGUUAACUACUUACACAUUCCCAACAGAAGCCAAAUAUAAAGACAGUGAUUUUGCAGAAGAAGUGUACACCAGAGUUGUUAGACGAACUCUAAAGAAUGGUACGACUACAGCUUGCUACUUUGCAACGAUUUACACAGAUACUUCUCUUCUUCUUGCUGAAAUUUUAGAUAAAUUUGGUCAACGAGCAUUUGUUGGAAAAGUUUGCAUGGAUGUGAAUGACAGUAUGCCACAAUACAAAGAAAUUACUGCUGACUCUGUCCGAGAGACAGAAAGGUUUGUUAAAGAACUACUGGAAAAGAAAUAUCCGAGGGUACAGCCUAUAAUAACCCCCCGCUUUGGCCCUUCCUGCACAGAGGAUUUGCUGCAUGCACUUGGCAAUUUAGCACAGGCACAUGAUCUCCACGUGCAGAGUCACAUAAGUGAGAAUGAAGAAGAAAUCAAAGUUGUGGAGAACAUGUUUCCGGCCUACCAGAAUUACACUGAAUUGUACGAUAAAAACAAGCUGCUUACCAGUAAGACAGUGAUGGCUCAUGCCUGUCACCUUUCUGAAGAAGAGCUGAAACUUUUUAGUCUUCGUGGAGCUGCAAUUUCACAUUGCCCCAGUUCUAACUUUUCGUUGUGCAGCGGUAUAUUAAAUGUGCAAAUGGUCCUGAAACACGACGUGAAGCUUGGCCUUGGCACAGAUGUUGCUGGUGGAUAUUCAGCUUCUAUGCUUGAUGCCAUCAGGAAAACUAUGAUAGCAUCUAAUAGCCUUGAGAUCAAUAAGGUGAAUGAAACAGGACUAACUCUUAAAGAAGCUUUUCAACUAGCCACUCUAGGAGGAAGCCAAGCUCUAGGACUAGACGACGUGAUUGGAAACUUUGAGGUCGGCAAAGAAUUUGAUGCACUCCUAAUCAACACGAAGGCUUCAGACAGCCCUUUUGACUUGUUCUCUGCUGAUAAUUUUGAGGAUACUGUCCAGAAGUUCCUGUAUCUAGGUGAUGAUCGGAAUAUUUCUGAAGUGUAUGUGGCUGGAAAGCAAGUGGUUCCUUUUUCAAGUUCAGUAUAAAUCCAUUUCCCUUUUGCAAAAUACUCUGCUGAACAUUCUGCAUUUGAUUUGGAAAAGAUUGCUUAAACACAGUGCCUGAUCAUCAGGAAUGACACCUCAUUUUUUGUUUAAUGUUUUAAAACUUGCAAACAUUAGAAAUUUUGUUAGACCGUUCAAGAAUUACUUUAACAAAAUUGUCAGAGUUCUAGAGGAAAUGGAUAUUUAAAUUUAGCUGUAAAAAUAGCAUGUGUGCAUUGAUAGGGGAUUUGGUAAAUACCUUAAUUAAAGAGGACACCUGCUAUUCCUUUUAAUAAUAGUGUAGGAAGCAUUACAAAGAGAAGUGAGACUCUCAUUGUUUAUAAUGCCUCUGAAUUUAAAAAAAAGCCAGUGCUAGUAAAUUGAUUUUGCAGAUAAUUAGUAUCAUGGAAGAAUGCAAUUUCCAUAAUAUUAUCACCAAAUAUGGAAAAAUCAGUGACCUUUUGGGGCAUUUAGAACAUUUUCCAGUUUUCUUUAGGAGCUUAUUUUUUUAAAAGUAAUUAUUUCAUUUAAAACAUUAUUUUUUUAAGAUAAAUUAGAUAAGAAGUGUGUAUUUAUAAAUAAAUAAGGUCCUUAUUAUCAAAGAGUUCAGAUUUGUCAUUCAUAGUCAGACAGAAUGAAACGUGUUAAAUUAGAAGCAGGCACUAAGAUACCUGAGCAGGCUACUCAAUGACAAACAAACGAAGAGGUUUUUCUGGACUAGAAGGAGUGCUUCAUCUAGUUCAGCCUCCUGCAGAACCUUUCCCAAGCUCAUUUGCUCCUGACUGUUCGGACAGGACAGUACAAUGUCCCUUCUCCUUUCUGUAAGGGAAGUGAGUAGGUUUAUAGAAACAUCCAAGAGAAACAGGCUAUUUCUGGCCUUUACCACCUUUAACUUGAGGUGGAAAUCAUCACUGGAAAAAGCAGCUCAGCUUUAAUGUGCUCUUUUACAUCUUUCAACGUGGCAACCAUAAUUCCAGCACUGUACAAUUCAAAGUAAAAAAUGUGCCCUUUUUGUUUUGGAAAUCUCUGUGAUUUCCUUUCUUAAAAAGCAUAUUUCCCUACUUUUUUUCAGAGACCCUUUUUUUUUUUUUUGGCGAGAUUAGUCUGAGGAGAGGGUUGCUUCUUGUUUCUUUAUUAUGUUUUUGCAAAACAAAGGCUGUAAGCUUUAAUUUCAGUGUCAAUAGAGACCAUAUGGUAUUAAGUUACUAUAAACAUGCGUUGAAUAUGGUUUUAAGGCCUGCUUCAAACUCCUUUGAUUUCCUUUGACUAAGCUUUGUUUCACACUUUCAUUCCACUGCCUGGCAACAUAAAGGCAUAGGACUUCCCUCUGUUCACAAAACAAGGGGGGUCACUGCACCCAAGUCUCACUUCAUGUCUACUUCUGAGAGAGCGCUUGGCCCAAUGUCGCUGAUAACUUUCUGAUUUUAAAAGCAUUUUCAGAGUUUACAUACCAUUAUGCUUACCCCUACGUGAGCCAGGAUAGCGUCAAGUGGAAGUGUAAAAGCUCGCUUGGGCACUUAAAGCAGUACGGUCUUUUCAGUGUGGGGGUUUUUUUGCCGAAGCUGAGCAGCCCCACGGAACAGCAGUGGGGGGACUUGGGGGGAUAUGGGCUUGCAGACACCACCCACGUGCAGCUGCACGCUUGCGCAUUGAGAGCCAGCUCAGGUGUCGUCCUCACAGGGCUCUGACUGCGCUGUGCCCUGUGCUUGCGGAGGCACAGCCUUCCUACCCAUCACGUUCAAUGAUUCCUAAGGCUUUAGGAGUCAAGAUUUAAGGAUUAAGAUUUCCACAUUCCAUCAGGGUGUUUUCUUAACCAUUUUGUUUUUCAUGUGUCCCAGUCACCUACACAGUAGCACACUUGAUUGGCAAAUACAAUCUUCAGCUUUUUAACUUGGUUUCCUGAUUCAGGGAGCAUUUUUCCUCAUGAAUUUUGACAUGAAUUUAAUUGACCAAAUUUCAUGUUCCAAAACCAAAGAUCUGUGAGACACGUUUUAUUCCCCCCAGUUACUGUUUGAAACUAUUUUUAGGGAGUUUCAUGGUUUUCAGCUUUGGCUUUCCUGCAGGAAUGUUUUCUGGGGCGGAGAAAGAUUACACAGCCUUGUGUACAAUGUAUGUUUGUACCCUACUUCUUCGCUUCCAGAGCUAUGAAUUAAAUCAGUGCUUUCAUUUUAGUGGUGGUCUUAACUGUCUCAGACUUCAUUGUUCUCCCACUAUUUUGUAGUGUUGUUAAGAAUGGGAUUCAGCAUUUCUCCUUAAAAGAUUUGCAGGGGAGAAGGGGUUGCUUAUUUGCAAACUGGGAAUACAGAAAAAUUUCAGCAAGUUCAACACUAUACUGCUGGCCCAGUUACAAAGGGACUGCUUAGGAUAACUGCUGCCAAUGAGCUUUGUAUCUGAAUAUUGGCCAUGUCAUAAGCAGUUUGAUUCUUGUUAAAUUCAGGCACAAGGUAGGAACUCAGCCUUUUGAUUAUAGCUUUACUAGUGUCUAGUACCCAGACACUACCCAGACUUAGAAAUGGAGAAUCCAGUUUUUAAGAAUCUCAGCUGGAGGAGGAGCUCUGCCUGCAGGUAGUGCCAUGUGCUGACUGCAGCACCCUGCAAUGCCCAAGACCAGGGGGAGCGAGGACCAAGAUGGAUAGCAUUACACUAAAUGCUGAGGUGCUUAGGGGUAAAGGAAAGAAGCCUGAAUUUGAUAUGAGAGGAAGCCAGUGGAGGAAUUAAUAUAACAAAAAAACCUGGGAGGUACUUUCAACAACAGCAUCUUAAAUAGAAUUGAAUGGAUAAAGACUGUAAAGUCAGAAAAAAAGGUGAAGUGGGGUCCUCUGAGGUAGUCCCAAAUGCUUGUUCAGUGGAAGACAGCUUGCGUGCAAAAAUUUUAAGGUUUUAGGAGAUACAGAAGAUGUAGUAGCCAAACUUCUCUGAAGCAAUUUUGGGAAAGUCAUUGAGGAUCCCACUGUGAAGUUUUGGCCCUUGGGACUCUCUGGCUAUGUGUAGAUUGCCAAGAUACUUGGUGCAGUAAGGGAGGGUCAGUAGAUGAAAGCAGUUACUGCUGAGACUCAUACAUCUACACUAUAUGCAGCUUAAGACUACAUAUAGUCUCUUUCCUUGGACAGAUGUCCGCACUGCAUAUGCAGUUUGAAGCAGGCCAAAUAAUUGGCUGGGACUCUCAGUGUCUCUUUUAGAGGCUGGAGUAUAUUUGGCAUGCAGCUAGCCUCCAAUGUAGUUUCCUCCAAAAUAAACUUAAUCCUUGUGUACCAAAACCCCCCUGCAAACUGAACCAAGUUUCAAUAAGGGAGGAUGAUUAGCAAUUCACUUCAGAACAGCACUACUGUCUCAGACCAAAAUGCUAAUGGAGGCUAGGACUUGGACUAUUCCCCCUCCAUCAUCAUUGUCACAGAACUUAGUAGCUGAAGACAAAUUAAAGCAAUUGUCCUUCCCUCUCCCCUCCCUUAAAAAGAAAAAAAAAAAAAGUAAAAGUUAAAGUUAGGCAACCAAACACUAAGGGGAGAUGAGUAAGUGGAAGAAAAGAAAGAAAGAAAGGGAUAAUUUUCAGUCAGUAUAAAUUGACACCGUGCUACUGACUUAAGAUAAAACCUCUGGAAAAAUGUACACGCAACUGUUUCCAAAUGUCACUCCCCAUUAGUUCUCUUGCAAGGUUGUGGAUGGGAUCUUUGUUUCUUAAUGUGUCUUUGUGUUCAAUGUUAGUGCACCAUUCAGGCAAAGAAAAAAAAGGUAGUUUGUAGAAAGCUUGCUUGUUGGGACAAUAUGCUUAAUGUGUUCUAUGUUCAGGUGAGCACUUAUAAAUGGAAUGUAUUUGAAUUACUGUUAUAUGUUGAUCUCGUGUCACUUCAGGUUUUGAUUAUUAAUAAAAUGCUAGUAAGUAUCGCCUAUGCAUUACGCAGCAUUAUAUGAAUUAUUCAUGUGUGGCAAGUGGAGUUCUGCACUUUAAGAUGUUGCCUUGGCCUAAUGUUUAUAUUUAUUCUGUGUUUUUUGUGCAAUCAGAAAGCUUUGUAGGGGAAAAAAAUGUGUAUUUGUUCACUGUACUGAACAUUUUCAGUAUUGUAAGUGCACUUCCUGUUAGAAAAAGAAACGUUAAAAUGACCCUGUUUAAAAGUCUGUGCCUGAUUAUACACUCAUGAAUGAAAAAGUUAUAAUGGUUUUAUGAAAGCUGACAUGAGUAGUAAUGUUUUAAUUUAAAAAUAUUUACAGAGAAAUAGAUUUUUUAAAUUUUAAUUGUGAUUAUGCAAUGCAGAUUAGCAAAAAGUAAUAAUUCCUGCUAAAUAUCUACUGUUCUACUGAGCAAAAGAGAACGCAACUAUUCUUGAUUAUACAUUUAAAAAGAAAAUGAAAGUCUUGAAAAACAAAAGGCCCAAGUUCAAAGAAUAUCCCAGUUUUAAAAGGAAAAGGUAUCAACAAUAUUGCUCAGAAAAGAUGUUUAAAAAUACUGUUUUAAGCAUUUCCAGGAACAAUCCAAAACAGAUGAUAAGGUGGACAGCUUUUAAAAUACUGGAUUUGUAUGAAUAAACGGUGCUGCCUAUCUGCAGCUCUGUGUGUAGCAGUGGUCAACUCAUCUCUGAAAUGAUAGUGUACAAGUAGAAGAUUUUUUUUUAAAAAGCCAAGGAAUUUUGAAAAUUUGAGAAAGAGCUGGGGAAAAAACAAGGAUUCGAGAAGAUAUUUGAAAAGGGUGGUAGCAGAAUACAAAAUAAUGCAAAGUAGAAAGAAGCUAAAUCAGAGGAACUCAUAAAAACAAGAUGAAGCAUCAGUGAAGUUUUAGGUGGGAAACACUCAGGAAAGAAGAUACAUUCUCUGUCAAUGUUCUUUUAAAUCACGUACCUCAUUCCUUCUGAAAGUCAUUGAGGCCCAACAACUGAGCAGAUUUCCAAAUCAGUUACUUACAUGCUUAAUAAUACAAGCCCAAAUAAUUGUAGCGAAUCAUAACAUAAUUAUAUAACACUUUUCAACUCUUAACCUCUACUUCAAGAUUUAAAUCAAAAUUACCUGUAACAACUCCAGAAGAAACCUGAUGCAAGGGCACGCUAUGCUUUAUCUCCACGUGUCCUAUGAAACAUUUGGCAUUGGCCAGGUCAGAGACUUAACUAGUCUGGUCCCAGGGAGGAAUCUCUGCUCCUGCAUGUCCCAAAGAUCAUCCCCUGUUGUGUGCCUGGUGGCGUGGUGAUGACUGAGCCCAACACAGGAAGACAAGCAUCUGGCAUGACUAGAGUAACUGAAAAUAAGCUGUUUUAAAAAUCAGAUUGCUUUGAAGUUAAGCACACUGCAGAGAGCACAGCACGUUUUAAAUUACACAGGCAUAUACCUAACAGUGAACUUCUGGGUACUAGGAACUUUGGCUUAAAGUUGGGGGAUUGUUCUAGACCCUUGUACUGUAUGUGCAACAACUUGCGCUUCUCUCAACAGAGAAGCCAGCAAAUUACAUCUGCAAGGCUCCCUGUACAAAAACACAACAGCAAAAAAACAAUUCUUGGGAAGCCAAAAGAACAUCAGCAACAUCAGCAACAUCAACAACAAUCUGUUGUGUAAAGUUGAUAGAACUGUUAGUUUUUCUUGAAAGGCUGAGCAGUGUUUUUGGAGCGUAGUUUCCAGGAAAUGUCAGUGGAAAUUCUUUCUUGGAAAAUGCCUUGAAUCGUAGUGUGCUCCAGCCAGUGAGGUCCCCUGUGGCUUCUGCAGAGGCAGUCACUUCUGUAGAAGUGCAUGCAAUAGUCAUGCCUGGACUCACACUCCUUCCCCUGGUAAGGACUCUGAAGUGUGUAUUCACUUUAAUUCUGGUUUUAGUUUGUGGUUUCUCAUACACUUGGUUUUAGUUUGAAAAUAAUUAUGCUGAGUGAGCGGGGUUGGGAGAAGGAUAAGGCUAAAAGGCAAUCUUACACCUGCCUGCCUAACACUUAAAUUCAAAAUAUGUGUCCCAUCAGGUAGAUGUCAUUAUGUUUGCACAGCUCUUAGAUGCAGUGAUUUGGCUUAAUGACUUGUCAUGGUUUAAGCCCAGCCAGCAACUAGGCAACACGCAGCCGCUCGCUCAACCUCCCUGUGCCCUGACCAAUGGCAUGAGGAGGAGAAUCAGAAAAAAAGUAAAACUCAUGGGCUGAGAUAAGAACAAUUUAAUAACUAAAGUAAAUUAAAAUGUAGUACUAACAACAGUAAUAAUAAUAUAAUGAUAAUAAUAGCAAUGAAAAGUAAUAUAAUAAAAUAAUAAAAACCAAGAAAAGACAAGUGAUGCACAAUGCAAUUGCUCACUACCUGCUGACAGAUGCCAGAGCAGUGAUCUGACCCUCCCAGCCAACUCCCCCCAGUUUAUAUACUGAGCAUGACAUUCUAUAGUAUGGAAUAUCCCUUUGGCUAGUUCGGGUCAGCUCUCCUGGCUGUCCUCCCUCCCAGCUUCUUGUGCACCUGCUUGUUGGCAGAGCAUGGGAAACUGAGAAAUCCUGAACUUAAGAUAAGUGCUACUUAGCAACAACUAAAAUGACAGUGUGUUAUCAACAUUAUUCUCACACUAAAUCCAAAAUACCAGCUACUAAGAAGAAAAUUAUCUCUAUCCCAGCCGAAACCAGGACACACUUGAGUUAGCUGGUAACAAUCAAACCCAGCCAAGACGAGGAUGUAAACUGUGAGCAGCUGACAGAAACAAAGUCCCCACAGGCUUUGCUCAGCCAAGUGCUCUUAGGCACAUUUAGGUACAAAAACACCCUGGAGAUAAGCCUUCAGUAGAAGAGACCACUAUCUAUGACAACUGAAGGCUUUGAUCUGUGUCCUGUCUGUUCUUGUGGCUUCAGAGCUGGUUUGUGUGUUCCUUUAACAGCUUUUGCUGAUGAAGCUUUUAAAUAGCUGUUGCACAUACUCCUUAGCUGAGGAAGUUUGCAGCCCUUGCUUCAAGAUGAACCUUGUUUCCCCAAAGAAGAGUUUGUAUCUCACUGGAGUAAGCUUUUCUGAUUCUGGUCCCUGGUUUUGUCUGCUCGUCGCCUGUUGUGCAUAGGCUCUGGUUCUUUCGUUUGUGAAAAAUGCCUAACUGCAGUUAAUGUUGUUGAAUUUAUUCUUCCUGUUGUACUCGUGUAGUUUCAAGGAAAAGCAGUGUAUUAGGAAAAAUGGUAUAUGUGAUUUCCACUGUUCUGCUUGGUUUUGAUCAUGCUAAAUGGGAAGUCAUGUACUGUUGAAACAAAAUAAAGAGGCCUUGUGUUUACACCAA